AUGGAGGCGUAUGCUAUAGUCAGCAUCGUCAUCCUUUCGGCGUUUGUCAUUAUAGUAAUUUUCUUCACAUUCUGUAAGAACGACGACAACAAUAACAAGAAUAAUAGCGUACGUGAUGCAGGCAUCGAGACGAGCAGAAUGAAAAGCAGAGUUUCUGCUCGUCACACAUACGAUGCUGGCGAAGACGGAGGGAACGUGCAUGGGGACGGGAACGGUGAUGGCGGUAGCGGUGCUACCGUUGUGGCUGGUGUUGUCGCUGCGGUGGCGCUGACAAGUAUAGCUAUUGAUGCGAGCGGUGGUUAUUCUGGUGGUCAUGGCCAUGGUCACGGCGGAACGGACGGCGGUGGUAGUGGUGGUGGAAGUUGA